AUUUGAACGGUACUCGCGCCAAAUUUUUCUUAUCCCUCAUUCUCGGUCAUUAUCGCUCCAUAUAAAUAGGCGCUCCCUUUAUUCUCUAACUCAGAUCAUGUUUUGUAUGGAUAGGGAGCGUGGCUCCGCGUUUUCCUUACCUCCUCGCUCCGAUUUGGCCGUCCACUGUCGUAAUGAGGAAAACGGAUGAGAUGGGACCUCGCACAAUAUGAAAGGGUUUCAGAGGACUCGGAUCUACGUGGACCUUACCCACAUGGUUCUGUUUUAGCGUCAAGUUAGGAUCCGGACGCUUUCUCAAACGUAAACUUGUUCUUGCCAUGGUUUUCAAGCGCGUAUAAAAUGUUCGGUCCUCCCUCUCGGUCACAAGCAGGCAUACAACCCACUAGAAUGUUUAGCUCUAUCCGCACUCUUGAUAUUUCCAUUGUCCUUAUCGGUUUGAUUUUUGCUUGGCGCUUCUUUCGGCGUACUCGUCGUACUGCGCCAUUUCCUCCUGGACCCAGAGGACUCCCUCUUAUCGGGAAUCCUUCUCGACAUGCCGUCUCCAGAAAGAAUGGCUUACCUUCGCUAAAUGGGGGGAAAAAUAUGGCGACAUCGCAUCAGUUUCAAUUCUUGAUAAGAAAAGCUCUAUUUACUCGGAUAGGCCACUUGUCGCGAUGGGCUGGUGAGCUCGUCGGGUGGAAGCAUUCGCUAGGUCUUAUGCCUUAUGGUGCGCGUCUUCGGAACCAGCGUCGCCUAGCGCAUCAGCUAUUAGGAAAUAAUGCCGCUAUAAAACAGUUUCUGCCAAUGGUGGAGCUUGAGACACAUCGUUUUCUGAAGAGAAUCUCUGAUAAGCCUGAUGAGCUCCCUGCAUAUAUCCGGAAGACUGCAGGAGCCAUCAUUCUGCAGAUCUCGCAUGGAUACACUAUACAAGAAGAGAAUGAUCCGUUUGUUAAGCUAGCUGAAAAGAAUAUGGAUCAAUUUUCUCUCUCGAUGACUCCUGGUAGCUUUCUAGUCAAUCUUAUUCCAACCUUACGCCACGUCCCAGAAUGGCUUCCCGGAGCUGGAUUCAAGCGGACCGCUCGAGAGUGGGCGUCAACGCUAAGUGAUUUUGUGGAAAGGCCGCAUACUUAUGUAAAACAGCAAAUGGCUGCUGGAAACGCUCGUCCUUCUUUUACUUCGAGUCAGCUCGAAGGUGGAGUGAGUGCAGAGGACGAAUCUGAUAUCAAAUGGCUUGCAGGAUCUCUAUACGCCGGUGGGGCCGAUACUACCGUUUCAUCCAUUUAUGCUUUCUUCAAAGCCAUGGUUCUGUACCCUGAAGUUCAGGCCAAAGCACAAGCAGAGAUCGACGCCGUGAUUCGAGAACGCCUCCCGUAUGUCAAUGCUCUAGUUCUUGAAGUCACCCGAUGGCACAGCGUAGGACCAACAGGAAUUGCUCAUUGUGCAUCGGAGGAUGAUGUUCAAUUCGGUUAUUUUAUUCCCAAGGGUACCGUGAUCUUGGCGAACAUCUGGAAAAUGCUUCACGACCCUACGGUAUACAAUGAACCAUUCAAGUUCAAUCCAGACCGAUUUAUUCGAACGGACAACAAAGAAUCCGAACUCGAUCCCUACAAAAUAGCGUUUGGAUUUGGUCGUCGGAUUUGCCCUGGAAAGGUACUAGCAGACGCCUCUAUUUUCAUUUCCUGCGCUAUGGUGCUGGCGGUUUUCGACAUUUCAAAGUAUUCUGAAAACGGCAUUGUGUUCGAGCCCGACACCGAUCAUACAGCAGGGACUAUCAGCCAUCCCUCUCCGUUCAAGUGUACUAUCAAAGCUAGGAGCAGGAAGGCAUUGGAGCUUAUUGACGAGGAAAUAAUUGCAUGAGAAAUAAAGUAGUCACUCCGCCAACUCCUCAGAGAAUAUGCUCAGCAAAGUCAGUUUCUGCGCCUUUUUGUUGCAGAGGUGAAAUUAUCUUCACAUCUUGCGGCUAUUGCUUCUGAAAUUCACAACAUCUUGUCACUUCUUGUAAGCAUACAUACUAGCAACAAGCUCCGCUCGUGUACUCCAUCAAACAACAACAC